ACCAUCUACACCGCUGGACCACAAGCCUUGGACGUCUAGGCACUCAAAGUCGGGAAAGAAUAAUUAGAACCAGUGUUGGACGGAUCGAAUCGCUUGACCAUCAGGUGAGCGCUGUUUCCUGCUGCAAUCGCAUCCGGUACCAAGGGCGAGCCGCUUCUCGAUACAUGGUUACGGGGCGCACCUGCUUCCUCUGCGUUGAGCACAACAGAUGCAGCCGUCUGUUUUGACAUUCCCACCUCUUGAACCCCCUCUGUAUUCCUUCAGCCACCCCCCAACCCCGUCUGUCGUUAACGAGCAUCUUCCCUACCGCGCUUUUAGUCGUCCAUUUAACCUUGUUUUGGCCCUUUCGGAUGCGCUUGGGUCUUCAUACGCUUCAUCGGCUUACCUGUUCAAAGAUCCAGCCAUGAGGGCCGCACUUCUGACCGUUGGCGCUUUCGCCAGUCUCGCGGCCGCCAACAUCAACUUCCAUUGGGUCAACCCGGCCUGCGAUUUCGAGAGCGCGCCGGGAAAGUGCUUGACGGGACAGCACUGCACCGAGCAGAACACCUGCGCGGCCAACCCCAGCAAUGAGCACCUCACCUCGCGCUCGCGAUCUUUCCUCCGCGACGUUCCGGCGAAGAGGCAAGGCCAGCAGUAUUCUACAGAUGGCCAGUGUGGUCCAGCACACGAAAACCUGCUUUGCGACCCGAACAGCACCGUGUACACGGGCACAUGCUGCAGCCAGUAUGGAUGGUGUGGAAACACUCCCGCUCAUUGCGGGGAGGGGUGUCUCUCUGGUUGCACGAGCGGCGCCUCGUCGUCAGUGAGGCCGUCUCAGGUCGCAACACCAACAGGAACCGCUCCGCGAAGCGACGGCAGAUGUGGCAAAGAUUUUGGCGGCGCCACAUGCGAUUCUAAUGGCGAGUAUGGCGGAUGCUGCUCGCAAUACGGCUACUGUGGUACUACUGAUGGCCAUUGCCUCAAGGCGAACGGAUGCCAGAACGGCUGCACAGACGGUGCCGCCAGCUCUGUAGUACCUAAGACGAGCGCAGCCACGACAAGACCACCAUCCACGACCACGUCUGGCGAACCCGUGCUUGGCAAACCGACGAGCUCCAAUGCGCAGCCCACCGGCAAGGUUACCACUGAUGGAAGCUGUGGCGCCAAGUUCGGAAACACUGUCUGCGGUGACUGGGCUCAAGGAUCCUGCUGCUCCAUGUAUGGCUACUGCGGAAACACCACGGCCCAUUGUGGUGAAGGAUGCCAGUCUGGACCCUGCCUCAACGGCCCCGUCGUCCCUGCUCCUGGCGCUAGCCCUGCUCCGGCGGCUGCGAAGCCGGGUACCCUGGUCCAAAAGGGUCGAUCUGGUGUUCCUGCCAUGCACGCCGGUCUGAUGCCGAAUGGAAAGGUAGUCUUCCUGGACAAGGUCGAGAACUACACCGAGCUCAAGCUUUCGAACGGACAGUAUGCUUAUUCCUCCGAGUACGACCCGAACACCCAAAAGCUCACUCCGCUUGCCUACAAGACCAAUGCCUUCUGCUCAGGUGGCAUUUUCCUUGCUGACGGCCGUUUCAUAUCCGUGGGAGGUAACGCUCCUCUGGACUUCAUUGACCCUACUGUUGGAGAUGGAUUCAAAGGCUUGCGAUUCUUGAAGCGAUCUGCCACUGACGCGUCCCUCGACGGCCAGGCUUGGAAUGAGCCGGGCACCCAGCUUAGCACUGCUCGUUGGUAUGCUUCAGUUCAGAUCAUGCCCGAUGGAAAGAUCUUCGUCGCCUCCGGAAGUCUGAACGGCCUCGACCCCACCAAGCCCGAGAACAACAACCCGACCUACGAAAUCCUGAACGCAGAUGGCACUCCUCAAGGCGAGAGCAUCAACAUGGAGAUCCUAUCCAAGAAUCAGCCCUACUACAUGUAUCCUUUCAUGCACCUGAUGAAGGAUGGAAACGUGUUCGUGAUGGUGUCCAAGUCUGCCGAAAUCUUUAACGUUAACACCGGAACGGUCGUCCGCCCCUUGCCGGAUCUACCGGGCACGUACCGCACGUACCCGAACACCGGUGGCUCUGUUAUGCUCCCGCUGUCGAGCGCCAACCAGUGGAAUCCUGAUGUUGUCAUCUGUGGCGGUGGCCCUUACCAAGACAUCUCUGCCCCUGGUGAUCCAUCCUGCGGCCGCAUCCAGCCUCUCGCCACCAACCCGUCUUGGGAAAUGGACUCCAUGCCCGAGGGCCGCGGAAUGGUGGAAGGUACUCUCCUCCCCGAUGGUACUGUUAUCUGGGUCAAUGGUGCACAAGAAGGUGCUCAAGGCUUUGGCGUCGCGCGCGAUCCCGCUCUCGAAGUCCUCAUCUAUGACCCGGCCCAGCCCCUUGGCAAACGAUUCACCACCGGCCCCAGUUCCACCAUCGCGCGUCUCUACCACAGCGUGGCGCUCCUUCUCCUUGACGGCACGCUCCUGAUCUCCGGCUCCAACCCCGUCGAGCAGCCUAAACUGAAGCCCGACGCCAAGGACGCAUACGUCACUGAGUUUCGCAACGAGAUCUACACGCCUCCCUACCUCCAAGGCAACCCAACCCGACCCUCCAACGUCGUCCUCUCCAGCAAGACCUUGAAGGCUGACGGCUCCACCUUCACCGUCAAGUUCAACUGCCCUGCUAACUCCAAGGCCGUCAAGGUCUCCCUGUACUACGGUGGUUUCGUCACCCACUCCGUGCACAUGGGCCACCGCAUGGCGAUCCUCGACACCAAGGGCUUCAAUACUGCCAGCACCAGCCAGACCAUCACCGUUACGAUGCCGCCGAACAAGAACGUCGCUCCUCCAGGCCCGUACGUCGUGUACGUGCUUGUGGACGGUGUGCCGGCCAUGGGCCAGUUCGUGCAGGUUUCGUAAGUUGGUCGGCUGAACGGAAUCUUCUCCCUUAUCCACUUCUCUUGUCCUAUUCUUCCAAGCAUUCCUGUACAUUUUCUGGCACGCGAGCUGAAUUGGAUGAAAAAGGGACGCCAUGUCGGAUGCGCCGCCGCGGCGUUGUUGGGUAGUAAUCGAAACGCAUCUUGCCCUCCAGCUUUGCAUCAUUGGCUUCGUGUUCCUCCUUCUCUAGGCAUAUCUUUUUUUAACCAUUUUGUACGAGCAUGUGUAUGGGCGAUGGUAACUCUUACAUGGGCAUGGUAAAGGGGUCAGAUGGGGCGGACGAAGACAAUAUCUUACGCGCGCUUGCAUACUGGUCGCACGUCAGAUAGGAGAUAUAAUGCAUACCUAACUUCCGCCGCGUCCAAGAAUACUUUGGUAUUCUCCAUUUUCUUUAGUGGACAUCCUUUCAUAAACAGCAUAUCAAAUGAAAAUUUUACAAAUGUCA